AUGGUGGGCAAACUUCUGAGCGUGGUGGCGCUGUGCUCCGUCAUCUUCGCCGCCGCCGCCGCCGCCGCCCCGGAUCUCCCGAGCUUCGUGAUCGAGGGGCGUGUACUGUGACACCUGCCGCGCCGGCUUCGAGACCACGGCCACCGACUACCUCGCCGGAUCGAAAGUCAGAUUGGAAUGCACGCUUCAGUAAUCCGACGAGGUCGUCCACACGGUGGAGGGGAUGACGGACGCCACCGGCACGUACCACCUGACCGUCGCCGACGACCACGAGGACGAGGUCGGGAGGUGGUGCUGGUGGAGAGCCCACGCGCCGACUGCUCAGUGAUCAAGCCCGGCAGGGACCGCGCCCGCGUCCUCCUCACCCACAACAGCGGCCUCGCCACCAACGUCUGUCUCCCUAACUCCCUCGGCUUCCUCUAGGAGGAGCCCCUCCCCUCCUCCGGCGCCCUCCUGGCCCAGAACCAGCUCGGCGACGACGAAUAA